AUGGCCUAUAUGUCACCAAGAUACGGUGGAGCAAGGUUCAAGCAGCGACUGGAUAUGAUAAAAUGGGCUUUAUGUGUGCCUUCGUCAUGUACAGCAUUGGAUGUCCAAACAUAUCUCAGAUCUUACAUCAAAGAAAACAAGUUAGACGUGAUUGAAAAUGUGUCGGUCGCUGACAAUAUGUGUACUCAAGCACAACGGCCAGGCGAUGAAUAUACUGCUUAUGACAUAGCAUUUGUUUUCACGACAAAUCCAACAAAAGAUGACUACUUUAUGACAAUUUACAUAAAAUCUCAUACUCGCGCUGGACCUUACAUAGUUGGUGCUAUAUUUGGUUAUCUGUUGUAUAGGAGAAAAGAGAGUACAACUAAAUUAAACCUGACACAGACAUAUGUUUUGCUGGCAAUUUCUACUCUAAUAUGUACAACAACAUGGUUCAGUGGAGCCUUAAUUUAUCAUCCUUCCUAUGUUUAUGAUCCCUUGCAAGCCGCUCUUUAUGGUUCAACAAUAAGGAGUGUUUGGGCAGCAGGUCUAGUCACAGGACUCUAUGCUCUUAUAAUUGGUCCACCGAGUAAGUAACAUAGUUAGUAGUGCAUAUU